AUGCCGUUCGGCCUGCUCAAGCGGACGAGGCGCUACAACGUGUCGGGCCGAGCCUGCUUCGUGACGCGCAUCCGCCUGCUCGAUGACUCGGUGGUGGAGUGCACGCUGUCGGCCGAGGGGACGGGCCGAGAGUGCCUGGAGGCCGUGGCGCAGAGGCUGGAGCUGCAAGAGGUGCUGCUCUUCGGACUGUGGUACCGGACUCGGCAUCGGCAGAUGCGCUGGGCCGAGAUGGAGAAGCCGCUCAAGAAGCAGCUGGAGAAGCACGGCUGCGAGUCCGUGGUCAACUUCGGAGUCAUGUUCUGCGUCCCGAGCUGCGCUCUACCGCAGCAGGAGGCCACCAGAUACCAGUACUACCUGCAGCUGAAGAAGGCGGUGGUGGAGGGACAGCUGCUGUGCACCUUUGAGCAGGGCGUCCGUCUGGCAGCUCUCUCCGUUCAGGCAAAUUUCGGAGACCACGAUCAGCGUGAAUCGCAGGACUUUCUCCGAGACUACGUGCUCUUUCCCCUGGCCUGGUCUCAGGAUGAUCGAAUAGUGGAGGAACUCACGCAAAAGGUAGCUGCCUUUCACCAAAAGCACAGAGGCAUGAGGCCAGCGGAGGCAGAGCUGUUGUACAUCCAGGAGGCAGAGAAGCUGGAGGGCUAUGGGGAAGAGAGCUUCUCAGCCAAGGACACAUCCGGCAGCGACGUUCUGCUGGGGACAUCGUACAACGGAGUGUUUGUCCGCCACCGGAACGAAAAACCUCCUGUCACGUUCAGAAAAACCACGAUUAAGCACGCGCAAGACUCAAACUCACGCUUUCCCUGUCGGAAGUGGAGCAACAUCUCGCACGUGUCUCAUAGCAAGUCCGCCUUGGUGAUCGAGCUCACCGGCCGUGUGGAGAGCCUGCAUUACCAGCUGGAGGACAUCGAGACCGCAAAGUAUCUGUCGCGGGUAAUCGAGGCGCGUCACAAGUUCUACACGCUGAACAAAAACCUCACCAUGCCAAAGCCACCCGAACCGUCCCCAACCGCGGCGAGGCGCAGGACCACGCUGAAGCGCAUCCCGUCGCAGGUGCAAAGCCAUCCCAUCGUUCCGGCUCCCCUGCAGAUUCCCUACGGCAAUCGCUACCCGGAACCACACCUGGCCUCUCAAGACAACAUCUUCUACCCCAACGAGGACGGCUACUACUACCGCUCGCAGACGAGCCUGGACCACGUGCACGUGAACGGAGGCGGCGGAGGCGGCGGCGGCGGCCGCCUGCCCAACGGCAGCGUGUACAGCGCGCCCAGCGUCAACUCGCUGAACCACUUCGCCCAGGCGUCGCCCAUGUCCUCCGACCUCAGCAUCCCGGGCAGCGAGGCCGCGGCCGGCGUCCUCGCGCGGCCGCCAGAGCCCCUGCAGCAGCGGCACAGCGCGCUCGUCAUGCCCUCCUACCGGCCGACGCCGGACUACGACACGGUGAUGCGGCAGGCCGGACGCUUCGGCAUGCCGUGCCGGGCCGACGGCAACGUGGGGUACGCGGCCGGCGGCGGCGGCGGCGGCGGCGGCGGCGGUGGCGCCGUGCGAUCCGGCGGUGGACCCUGGCUCGGGGAGGCUUACGCUUACGGCCGCGCCGCAACUCUCGCGUACAGCCAGCCGGAAAUCCGGCAAGGCCAGUACGAGCAGCGGCCACCUUACUUCUACCUGCACCAGCAACAUCAGCACCUGCAUCAGCAGCAGCAGCAGCAGCAACAGCAGCAGCAGCAACAGCAGCAGCAGCAACAACAGCAGCAACAAAUGCUGUGCAUCAAGAGCAGCCACCCGCAGCUCCCGUACGGACAUCAGCAGCUGCCGCCCUUCGGCCCGGGUGCGCCGUCGCAGCUGUGUGCCACGCAGUCGGUGAUCGGCAACGCGGAGAUCUUCCAUGCGGUGAGCACGCCGGAGCUCGCCGUCGACCCGUCGCAGUACCCGCCGCAGGUGGCGGCCAUGCUGCGCAACCACUUCUCCCGCCCGCCUCCGCCCUACCCGACCCCUCGUCCCGCCGCGAGCACGCCGGACCUCAUCAGCCACCAGCGCUCGUUCGCGGGCGCCGCCAGCGCUAACGGCGGGUACCACCAGCACCAGCACCACCGCGAGCGAAUGUUCGCGGAGCCCAUCGUGCACCCCGUCUACCGGCAAAACACCGUUCCCCAGCUCUCGACCGGCGGGACCGAGUCUCUGACGGCUGCCGGGCAGUCCCCCGUGGAGCUGUGCGAUGCCGCCGGGGUCGGCUACGGCGGUGGCGGUGGAGGAGCGGGGCCGACUCGUGAAGGGGCGCUGGGCUCGUCGCGCAGGAGGGGCGCCGCGGGCGUGCGCAAGCGCUACAGCCUCGAGGUGAACAGCAGCGUGGUGCGGGACAUGGAAGCACUGUCGCUGCGCGACCGCGCCGUGUCCAGCCUGGCCAUAGGAACAAGCAGCCCCUACCAGCACCAGCAACAGCAGCAACAGCAGCAGCUGCCGGCGCAUUACUACAACGGGCAGGCGCUGCUCGUCGGAAACGGAGAGCACACGGACGGGCUCCAGCCACCCCCUAGGCCACCGUUCGAGCUGCCAGCGCAGUCCUACCAGCACAACCUCGCGUACAGCCCGCAGCUGCAGGCCAUGCUGGCGCGGCUGCCGAACAAGCCCCCGCCGGAAUACCCGCGCCGCGAGGCCACGCUGCCUCCUCCGCCCCCGCCGCUGCCGAUGAUGUCGGGAGGGCGGUCGCCGGGCCACCACCCCUACUCGAACGGUGUUUCGGACGGGAGCGGCGUGGGUGGGGACGGCAGGCUCUUUGCCGGCUCGGCGAUGGUGCCGUCCGUGUCGGAGCCCGACCUGAGCACGGCCGUGAAGACGCGGACGAGGGCGAACCCGGCGCGCGAGAGGCCCGUGUCGGAGCUGUUCGCCGUGCAGGACAGCAUCGUGGAGAGGGAGUUUGUGCUGCGCAACAUGGAAAAGAGAGGCUCUGGGCCAGCUGAGAUUUCCAAACUGGGUCCUAUCAAGCUGGCCGCUCUCAACGGCCUAUCCAUCUCACAGCUGCCCGUGCCCGAGGAGAGCAGGGAGGAGACCGCCAGGGGACAGCUGGACGAGAGGUGCGCGCGCUUGGAGAAGCGGGUGGCGCGCGGCCUCGUGUCGGCCGAGUACGAGUGCAUUCCGCGCACGCGCCCGGACCCCGUCUACAGCACGGCGGAGCUGCCCGACAACCAGGAGAGGAACCGCUUCGGCGAUGUGCUGCCCUACGAGCAGACGCGCGUCGAGCUGCUGCCCAGCAAGGACAACCCGACGGGAUACAUCAAUGCCUCGCACGUGCGGGUGAGGGUAGGUGGUGAGCAGUGGCAUUAUAUCGCCACGCAGGGCCCUCUGCCCAACACCUGCCAGGAUUUUUGGCAGAUGAUUUGGGAGCAGGGUGUGAGCGUCAUAGCCAUGGUCACACCUGAGCAGGAGAGCGGACGGCAGAAGUGCCACCGCUACUGGCCCAAGCUCGGCUCCAAGCGCAACUCGGCGAACUACGGCGACUACCGCGUCACCACCAAGUUCCGCACGGACUCGGGCAGCUACGCGACGACGGGUCUCAAGGUGAAGCACCUGCCCUCUGGGCAGGAGCGCACCGCGUGGCACCUGCACUACCCGGACUGGCCCGACCACGGCUGCCCCGAGGACGUCCAGCGCUUCCUGGCAUUUCUGGAGGAGGUGCAGUCUGUGCGCCGGCACACAAACUCCAUGCUGCCGCCCCAUACCGCGAGCCCGCCCGUGGUGGUGCACUGCAGCGCCGGCGUGGGCCGUUCCGGCGUGCUCAUCCUCACCGAGAUCACCAUCGCCGGCCUGGAGCACAACGUGCAGCUGGACGUGCCACAGGCGCUGGGCGUCCUGCGGGGCCAGCGGAUGCUCAUGGUGCAGACGCUCGCGCAGUACCAGUUCGUCUACCAGGCGCUCAUCCAGUUCCUCAACAACUCGAGGCUCAUCUGACGACGGGCCACCGCCGGGGAGCGACCGGCACCAGGUCGCCAGGGGCCCCCCAAACCUCGUCGAGAGGCCGAAGUUGUCCUUCGCAGGGGUUCCUGGCCGCGGCCAAAAUGUCUUCUCUGCGCCUUGGGUGCUCGCCGCUUCCUCGGGGUUCUGCCGCAGAGGAGCGGCGUCACUUGGGAUGAACUUCCCCGGCGCUUCUCAUUCGGAGGAGCGAAUUGAAAAGGAAACUGAAACUUGUUCCCGUGCCGAUCUGCCCUCUUGGUGCUUUACGCUCGACAAUGUAUGUUUGCCGCCCAGCAUUGCAGUAAAGUUGUUUUGAGAACUUGAGCUUUUACAAUCCUGAGAACGGGGUGCUUCCGUGAAUGAAAUUUUUUUGUAUUCUGUAUCUAAGCAUCGCAAUGAAACGCGAGGAAACCUAUCCCGAGGAUGAUACUUCUCGCCAAAUGAAGCUUUGGCUGCUGCAGCAUCAGCCUCCGGAGCGGUUGUGGGGCGACAUCUUUUGUAAUCGGAAGUUUUUAGCUCUCUCGUUAAACCGGCUCUUUUAUGCGUGGUCUUUUUUUUAUAUAAGCAAAAGAAAAAGUCUUCCCAUGAACUGGCUUUUGUAGAGUCUCUUUUUCGAUGAAUUGUAUUGAUAUUUCUUAGUCCCCCGUGAGUUCCGAUUGGUUGUUUUUUUUUUAGGCCACUUACAUCUACUUUAGCGAACGAGUGUCGAGUUCAGUGUUUGUUUCUGCCGACGCUUGGAAGCAGUUCCAUGUCUUGGCUCAGUCCUGGCCCAGAGCUUCUAAAUGAUUGAUGCUUCUUCAGUCAUUCCCACGGCCCACACGCAUAGGCCAGCAACUCUUUCUUCGACAUUCAGCUGCUAAUUAAAGAUGGUUUAAACGUGUAGGUUCCUAUUUGCUGCCGUGCUGCGUUUGUGUCUCCGAUAAUUUACGUGACCUGCCAUAGCAGUCAAGGGCGGUUGGUCGGUCGAUGCAUUUGUUAGACACAUAUGAAAUGCCCUGUAUACAUUUAGCAGUAUUAUUUACACGUCUUCUCGCCUGCCUGUGCAUUUACCGUAAGGCAGCUAAAUAUUUACACUCGUGUAAGUUUUUUUUUUCUUUCGUAUUGUUUUUCGUCGGGAGUCUGACGGAACCUUUUUGCCACAAAACUCGUACAAAUCCGAGUCCGCCGCUAACAACGACCUUGAUAAACAUUGGCUUGAAUUCGAUUGCAAUGUGAACUGCGUGUAUUGAACUUCUAACAUGAAGUUCCAUGGGGCGGUUUCAUUGGGGCACCAUGGUGGCGAGAUGUUAACCACCCCACCGAGUAUACAGGAGGUCGUGGGUUCAAUCCUGACCCUGAUGCCUGUAUAUUUGGACUUUGCAUGUUCUCCCCGUGGUCACGUGGAUUUUUUUCUCUGGGUCCUCUUGUUUUUAUUUUUCCCCCCUCCACAUUGAGAAUUAACGUGCGUCCAGAGUAUUUGUCGACUACAAAUUUCCACAUAUGCCACUUCGUUGAGCUAUCACUUGUGGCCAGAUCUCUUCUGAAAAAUAGCUGGUACAGCUCUGUGGGCCUUACCUGGUAAAUAAAAUGUUUUUAUAUAUAUAGUUUAGUUGAAUAGUUUUAAAAUGCCCUGGCCAGUUGCUGUCAUUGCUCCCCCGCGGAUUGGGAAUGGUGGCAACUUUUGACGGCGUAAAAGCCGCGGGACCCUCUCAGCUUUAAAGCAGGUGGUUCUUAACCUGGGGAUGCACGCUGCACCCCUUGGGGGUGCGAGAUGCCCUUUCUGAGGGUGCGAGGCAUGGCAGAUUUAUUUAGAAGGCAAAUAAAUCGAAACGCAAAUCAAGCACGGGCACGCAAGUGCAACUACUUUGUAUCAUCAAACCUUCUAUGUAUUUAUUAACGCAACAUUUGUUGUACGACUGAGAACUAACGGGGUGCAAAGCUGCAGUAAAGGUUAAGAAUCGCUGCUUUAAAGGGAUCGCAGGGCGUUGUUGCCGUCGUUUUGUACGGGAAGUCUUCCACUUGCGCUGCCCCCGUUUCCGUCGUUUCACCGUAACAUCGCCGACGAAUUGAGGGAACGCAAUUCGAUUCACGGCAGCGUUUGUUUUAAACGCUUGAAACGCGAAAAGGGGAGCGAGCAGUAGCAUCCUGGGCGGUGUACGCGACGACGCGCUACGCCACGGCGCUCCCAACGAGGGCGCCCCCAAGCCUCAAGUGUUUACAACAUCGCCAUACUGUGACGUGCAUGCGUUGGGCUUAUUUCGCACCGUACGUACGUAUGCCGUGUUGAACUUUCCGCACCGUGCGUAGCCAACUGUGCUCAUCGGAGGUGCGGGGGAAGGGCAACAAACUUGGACACAAGAAGCAGUUCUAAAAUAAAUUAGUUUUUCAAUCUGGAUCUGAAAGUGCAUAGCUCCAGUGGUUCUACUACUCUAUCUCUCUAAAUGCAAUCUCCGCCGCCAUCUCUAAAAUUACGUAUUUGAACUUUUUAGGGGGGUAUCUUUUGCUAUCUUUUUGAUACUUAAUAUUUUUCUGAAAAUUCUGAACCAAAACAUUACCCCCCCCCCCCAAAGGAACGUAUCGUAAAUGUGUAUACACAUUAAGUCAAUGGUAAGUUCAGUUUAGAUUUGCGAUGUGUACCAGGGACACAUUCCCCAACGUAAAUGGAGGACUUACUGUCUUAAGUAAGAAACACAGCUUACACGAUUCAUCAGUAGAGCUUAGUCUCCCUUUUGUCAAUCAUCGUCGGGAGAACAAAUUUGUAUUUUAAGUGUUUGUGUAUAUUGUACAGCAUAUAUAUUUUAAAAUGUUCAAAACAAUUACCAAAGCUUUGUGGGACCACAAAUGUCCAUGUACUCAUACUAUGUACCUCAGUGAUGCAUCCAUCAAUCCACUUAGCACUUAUUCUCUGAGAUUAAUAAAGUGUGCUAUAAUUGCCAAUGCUAUUGCCAUAGACAAAAAAAUGUUAAACAAAAAUGAAUAUAUGUAUUGUAAUGAUGAAAAAAGCUGGAGACAAUUUUACAAAUAUUUAUCAUUGGGCAUAGCAGGUCGGUUACCUGCAAAAUGCAGUGCUGUUGGGAACCAAAAGAGGUUUUACCUUUUGAAUUAAUUUCAAGGUAAUCAUCUCUGAACUAGUAUCCUGGCCAUGUUUAAAUCAAGUGCAGUAAUGGUGGUAUGUCUUUAGUGUUAGAUAUGACUUCACUAAGAAGUCAUCUUUAAGGUUAACAUUUUAAAUUUUAGAACAAGGCCAUUUUUUUUUAAACAUUGACAUCAGAUAAUCAUACAGACCCACAGUUUUAUAUUGGGGUUUGAACUAAGCGAUGAAUUGACACGAUUCAAGGACAAUUCAUCAUUGAAUGCAAGAACUGAAUCCUAACGUGUGGUGAAUGGUGGUAGCGCCUCUUAUGGCUGCACGGGUGACUUGAACCCAUUGCAUACCACGUGUACAAUUGUAAAUAUUUAACAUUUUCUGAGCAUUAAAUGUGCCUAUCACAAGAUGGACAAUGAAUCGAUGCAUUAUUGUCCGACCCUUGCUGGGUGCAAUAUAGCUUACAGCUAUUAGAACGCUGCCUAAAAAAAUAAAAAAAUAAACUAUAAUUGCGCAAUUAACAAGGCAUGAAUUGUUACUACCCAUGACACCAUGCAUAAAGUUGUUGGGAAAUAUGUUACGAGUAUUAAUUUUGUAAACCCAGUCUAUUCAAUUAUUUAAUGCGCUUGGUGUUAUCAACAUUUCGCCUGUCGCCGCAGACAGCCGGCAGUUGUGAAUUAUAUUAAUAGAGCGACACAAGCAACAUCAUUACGUGAUGACCUCUUGCUUCGUGUCCGAUGUUACUUACUCCCUUCAUCUACCAAGGACUUUAUCGCUUUUGUUUUUGGUUUUUAGGGCAGCUUUCACGUCCUUUGCCCGUUGGACGACAAAACGAACGCGACAUUCGCAACGCCAAAAUGUUCAGACAAACAACCAACAAUGAAGUCAAGGAAGGAGCUAUUAAUUGGUUGGCGCACCGGCUCGUAAAGGCACAGACAAUCGAUGACUAAUGAGGGCUCGCUCAAGUACAAUCCGCACCUCUGUCCAAACACUCAAAACGUGCGGCGCAACCCCCCCACUACCCCCCCCCCCCACCCAUCUCCUUAAAUAGCCGUCAGCUGAAGAGGCGGUGGGGAAAUGACAGAUUUUUUUUAAAAACAAGUCGGCAGGAAUGAGCAGCGAGCGACGCCGGGGUUACUAGCAAAGAGCAGAGCGAGAGAGAGCGGCAGUUGCGUAAAAUUUGACUCGCAGCAAAGAGAGGAACGCCCCGGCGAACGUGGGUUUCAAAUCGGUCGUGCUGCGCAGACUUCCAAUGAGUCUCCAGGGGCGCUGUCACGGCGCGAUGUCCGACGUUUCGCUGCGCGUGCUGGGGAGAUGUUUUUUUUUUUAAAGAACCGACGUUGUGCCGGGACGACACGCGGUAACAUCCCCCCCCCCCCCCCCCCCCACGGAUAACCGGCAUCCCCCAGAGAGCUGGGACACAAUUGGAUAUCGCCAUCACAGAUGGUCCCGUCGGCUCCGGUCCGUAGAUUUAAUCUCGCGGUAACCAAUCCACGUGCACGCGGUAACCAAUCCACGUACACGCUGUGCCAAUCCACGUGCACGCGGUAACCAAUCCACGUGCACGCUGUGCCAAUCCACGUGAACGCGGUAACCAAUCCACGUGCACGCGGUAACCAAUCCACGUGCACGCUGUGCCAGUCCACUUGGCACGCUCUGCCAAUCCACGUGCACGCUGUGCCAAUCCACAUGAUCGCGGUGUCAGGCAAGGGCUCACGCACGGGCGGCAAGCCGCGUGGUGUUUCCCUUCGGCGUCCGCCUAACUGCCCGGCCGUGUCGAGGAAUGUUUCACGUUCUAGUGGUAGGGCGGGCGAGGGAGCUAGCAGCUGUUGGCGUUGCUUACCCGGAGCCAACAGAGCAGCAUUGAUAACUGCCUUGGACAAAAAAAUGUUACAUCUCCUCCAUUAGCCACAGCCAAUAACCACUCCCCCCCCCCCCCGUGUGGGCUCCUUUGUAUUUUUAAGAAACAAAAUGCCAUUCAUAAACGAUUGUAUUUAAUUGUGCAUAGUAAUAUUAAAUCGCAGUAAAAAAAACACAUGAACACCCUUUGGUAUGAUACAAUGUUGUUGUUUUUUUAACGUUAAAAGAGAUACGCUGUGCUUUGUUCGUUUGCAGUAUAAAAUAAUCAAAAAUCGAACAGCGUGUAGAGCGUUAGCCGUAAUCGUUUAUAAUUUGUGCAAAUCUCCUCUAAGCUAUGCAUGUUUCGCUUUCACCUAUUUAUUACGAUAUCGUCGUGGGCUUCUUGGUGGGUUCCAAACAAAUAUUGUUAUUAUUCUUUUGUUUCUUCCAACCUUUUAUUUGUAACCAAAAAAUAAAUAAACUGUGAGGUCACUUGACAGUAUUUUUUUUGUAAUCGUUCAGUAGACCUACCCGCGCUUGUGCAAUUUAGCUAAGCUUUAAAAAAACCCACACAAACCCCCUCCCUCCUUCUCCCCUCCCUUUGGAACCCCUCCCCCCCCCCUCCGUGUUCCGUAUUUCACUAUGUUAUUUCACUUUGUUUCGUGUGUACAGACUUUUUUAUAUAUAUGUCAUUCGUAUAUGCAGAAUAACCGCGGUGGAGUGGGGGGGGUGUACAUAGUCCUUCAUAAAAGACACAAGUAAAUGAAAUGUUUUGUGUAUUGAAUCUUUACAAAGUAAUAAAAUGUCCUUAUUGAAUGUAUAACUA